CUCUCUUUCUUUGGCUUUGAAAUUUCUUCUGCUAAAAAAAUCAAAUACCCAAUAACAAAAACCAAAAACUGCAUGGAAACUCGCCGGGAAAUCAAGAUCCGGCCAGGGCCGGCGGAUUUUCCCGGCUAAAUGCAAGAACCAGUAAAACGUUGUCGUUUAUAUAAUUCACGGGAACAAGGAGAAGAAGAAGAAAAUGAUGACAAGAACAACAACGACAUCAACAGUAGCAAAGACAAGAAGCAGAAUCUUUCAGUGAAACUCCAAAAAGAGUAGCCAAAUUUUCCUUUUUUUCAUCGAAGUCCCUGUGCAAUGGCUGCCACGACUAAUACAACAACCACUCCAGUGGACUCAGUCUCAGCCGACGAGUUAACAGCCAAGGCCAUACACAAAAGGUACGAAGGGUUAGUCUUGGUUCGAAACAAAGCUAUAAAAGGUAAAGGAGCUUGGUAUUGGGCUCAUCUCGAGCCCAUGCUCGUUCAUAAUACUGAUACCGGACUUCCCAAAGCUGUAAAGCUCCGGUGCUCUUUGUGCGAAGCCGUUUUCUCAGCAUCUAAUCCUUCAAGAACAGCUUCAGAACAUCUAAAGAGGGGAACUUGUCCCAAUUUUAACUCUCUUGCUAAACCCAUUUCUUCUGUUUCUCCAUCUGCAACAACGGUAGCAACAGCAACCGCAACUCAAAGUAAUAGAAAACGAAGUUCUUCUUCGGUUACUGUAACUGCCACUGGCGGGGUCCUUGUUGCCUCGGGUUCGGGUUCUGUUUCAGGUUCGGGUUGUUCUUAUCAGGCUACUCCGCUGGCUAUUGUUGAUCCUUCAAGGUUUUGUGGGGAGUUAGCUUACUCGCCGUCGCCAGGGGCGGUUGUGACGGCGAGUGGUGGAAGUUUGGUACCACAACAUCAGCAGCAUUUGGUUUUGUCUGGAGGGAGAGAGGAUUUAAGUGCUUUGGCUAUGUUAGAAGAUAGUGUAAAGAAGCUAAAAAGUCCUAAGACUUCACCUGGGCCGACUUUAAGCAAGUCCCAGAUUGAUUGUGCAGUUGAAUUUUUAGCUGAUUGGAUUUAUGAGUGUUGUGGGUCGGUUUCAUUUUCGAGUCUCGAACAUCCAAAGUUUAGAGCUUUUCUUAAUCAAGUUGGUUUGCCACCGGUUUCAAGGAGGGAGCUUGCUGGGAGUAGAUUGGAUGUUAAGUAUGAGGAAGUGAAAGCUGAAUCCGAGGCAAGGAUUAGAGAUGCUAUGUUCUUUCAGGUUGCAUCUGAUGGGUGGAAAGUUGAGAGCUUUUCUAGUGGGGAAGAGAGCUUGGUGAAUUUGACCGUGAAUUUGCCUAAUGGGACUAGCUUGUAUAGAAGAGCAGUUUUUCUUAGUGGUUCUGUUCCUUCUAAAUAUGCAGAGGAGGUGCUGUGGGAGACGGUAACGGGAAUUUGUGGGAAUGCUGUGCAGCAAUGUGCAGGGAUUGUUGCUGAUAAGUUUAAGGCUAAAGCAUUGAGGAAUUUGGAGAAUCAGCAUCAUUGGAUGGUUAAUCUUUCUUGUCAGUUUCAGGGUUUUAAAAGUUUGAUUAAGGACUUUAGCAAGGAGCUUCCUUUGUUCAAGGUAGUGACUGAGAAUGCCUUGAAGCUUGCAAGUUUCAUAAAUAAUACGAGUCAAAUUCGAAGUAGCUUUCUAAAGUAUCAGUUGCAGGAGUGUGGGAGUGCCGGGUUAUUGAGAGUGCCCUUGCGUGAUCAUGAAAGCUUGAAUUUUGGACCUGUGUAUAGAAUGAUUGAAGAUAUAUUGAACUCAGCUCGGGCACUUCAGUUGGUUUUGCUUGACGAAACAUAUAAGCUGCUGUCCAUGGAGGAUCCAGUUGCCAGGGACGUUGCAGAGAUGAUUCGAGAUAUGGGGUUUUGGAAUGACUUGGAGGCGGUGCAUUCAUUGGUUAAAUUGAUCACAGAAAUGGCUCACGAGAUUGAGACAGAAAGACCACUAGUUGGGCAAUGCCUGCCACUUUGGGAUGAUCUUAGAACCAAGGUAAGGGAUUGGUGUUCAAAAUUUCACAUUGCAGAAGGUCCAGUAGAGAAAGUGAUUGAAAGGCGGUUCAAGAAAAACUACCACCCGGCUUGGGCUGCUUCAUAUAUACUUGAUCCAUUUUACUUGAUUAAAGACAUGAGUGGGAAGUACCUUCCCCCCUUCAAGUGCUUGACAAUUGAGCAAGAAAAGGAUGUUGAUAAGCUGAUAACCAGGCUUGUAUCUAGAGAGGAGGCUCAUAUUGCUCUUAUGGAACUUAUGAAAUGGAGAACAGAAGGGCUUGAUCCGGUAUAUGCCCAAGCGGUGCAGAUGAAGGAGAGAGAUCCAGUCACAGGGAAGAUGAAAAUUGCUAAUCCCCAGAGCAGUAGGCUUGUUUGGGAAACUUAUCUUACUGAGUUCAAGUCCCUAGGGAAAGUUGCAGUUAGGCUUAUUUUCCUCCAUGCAACUUCAUGUGGAUUCAAAUGCAGUUGGUCUUUGUUGAGAUGGGCAGGCGCACAUGGGCAUUCAAGGGUAGGCAUGGACAGGGCUCAAAAGUUGAUAUUUAUUGCAGCACACAACAAGCUCGAGAGGCGGGAUUUUUCCAGGGAUGAAGAAAAGGAUGCAGAGCUUUUCGCAUUGGCAAACAGUGAGGAUGAUGUACUAAAUGAGGUUCUUAUUGAAACAUCCUCAGUGUAACGUUUUUUCUUUCUUUUUUUUUUCCCAUUUCUUUAGAAAUUUGAAAAUUGUAGGAUUUUUUGAAUUCUUUUUACUACUUUUUUUUUUUUUUUCCAUUUUGUACUAGUUUUUACUUACUGUUUAGAAGAUUUUGGGAGAGUCAGGUGGGAGGAAAAGGGUAUUGAUUGGGGUUGAAUAUUGUAUUCCUACCACUGCUCAGCCUCACAGUUUGAGCAUUUCCCAUCUUUUACCCUGGCAUGAUUUUGGGGCUUUUGGAUUUGCAGAAAAAGAGUCUUCUUGUUUGUAAAGAUAGAGAAUGCUGCAUGAAUAGAAGUUACAGAACAGGAAGAAGAAUGUAAUUUUUUUCCUCUAGCAUUUUUGAUAAAAAAUAAUAUCUAUAAAGGGGAAUAUUUAUGAUUUCUCUUGGUUUUAUGAACAUAUCCGGACUCUAAAUUGUGUUUUGAGGGUUACAAACAAGUUAUAUGCUUUGACAUAAAGCACUUAUUUGCUGUUAUCUUGAGCAAUAUUGGAACUUAUAUGAUCUGAUUUAGUUCAUAUGCUACCUUCCAUAUUUGAUUUUUUGUUUAUGGAACUUGAUAUAGGUUAAGGACUUCAAUGCAUGUGUGAAUAGAUGAUAUUAGUUACUGAAUUUUCUCUAUUCCAUUUACAAUCCUGCUUGAAGACUUAUGAGCCCUUAGUUAUGUUCUUAAGAAUCCAAAAAAGCAAUUUCUCUCCUAGUCCAGUUCACCAUUUUAUUGUUCUUGAUGAAGUAAUUUAUCUUCUAAAGACAAUUACCUUUCUGUCUG